AUGCUAGAGAGAGAAUUAGGGUUUUUUCAUAGCUCCCCAGUUCAAACGACGUCGUUUUCGAUUAGCAUUAACGGUAAUCUGCAUGGAUAUUUUAGAGGGAAACAGGGGUUGAGACAAGGUGAUCCUAUGUCACCAUAUCUUUUCAUGUUGGUUAUGGAAGUUUUAUCGUUAUUGCUUCAGCAUGCGGCUGUGUCAAGUAAUGGGUUCAAGUAUCAUGCUCAGUGUGCUAAGCAGAAGAUAAUUAAUGUCUCCUUUGCUGAUGAUCUUUUUAUUUUCGUGCAUGGGGAUGUUUGGUCCAUCGGGAAGGUUAAGCAAGCUCUUGAGAGGUUCACCAGUAUAUCUGGUUUGGUGUCGAGUCCAGCUAAAAGUACGGUUUAUUUUUGUAAUGUUCCACUCAAUGUUAGACAGGAUAUUCUCCGUUUGAUGCCUUUUCAGGAGGGCUCUCUUCCGGUUAGAUAUUUGGGGGUGCCGUUAAUUACCACUAAGCUCAUUUUUAAGGAUUGUAAUCCCCUUGUUGAUCGUAUGGAAAAGAAGAUUGAUAGUUGGCUGAAUAAAUCUUUAUCCUUUGCGGGUAGGUUACAACUUGUUAAUUCCGGUAGGGCGAAAGCUAAAGUGGCUUUGUCAGAUAUUUGUUUGCCUAAGGCGGAAGGUGGGCUCGGUAUUUGGAGCAUAUCGGACUCCCGUGGGAGUAUUAGCUGGGGAUGGAGGAAACUCCUUUCCAUUCGAGAUAUUGUUCGGCCGUUUAUUUGGAAGUUGGUUAGGAGUGGGCUUCAAACUAAUGUCUGGAGUGAUAACUGGUGCCAUCUUAGUCCGCUUAGCUCUUUCAUAACUCCAAGACGUAUUUCUAAUGUGGGGUUUUCUAUUUCAUCAUCUAUUGCGGACCUGAUUGAUGUUAAUGGGCAAUGGAAGUGGCCGCAAGCAUGGUAUGAUAUCUAUCCAAUGCUGAUUGAGUUGAAUGUUCCUCAGUUGAUUCACAACAUGGAAGACCGUACAAUCUGGAAAGAUUUAGAGGGUAACAAUUGUCAUUUUCAGUCGUUGGAGGUCUGGAAUGUGAUUCGACAUCGUGAGAGCCCGGUGCCUUGGGUUAAUGGGGUUUGGUUCUCUCAAUGUAUCCUAAGACACUCGUUUCACUUAUGGUUGGUUAUCAAGAACAAGCUUAAGACGCAGGAUAGGUUGGCUGUGUGGGAGGUGGGAAGUGCAACUAAUCUGAAUCUUAUGUGUUGCCCCUUGUGCAGAAAUAAUCGUGAUUCUAGAGACCAUCUUUUCUUUCAAUGUUCAUUUGCUUCGAAUGUAUGGAAGGAGGUGAAGCCGAUGGUAUCUUUGGAAAAGGUUGAUGAUUCGUGGCAGUCUAUAAUGGAUUGGAUGACCGAAAAUGCUUCGUCCAAGAAGACAGAGCAUAUUGUAUGCAAGUUAGUCAUUUCGGCGGCUACUUAUUUUAUAUGGCUUGAGAGAAAUAAUUGCCUGUUUUCUAAUGCUCAUGCAAAUGUGGCUACGGUGGUUGGGAGGAUCAAAAACACAGUCAGGUUAUGUCUAAUGGGAUUUGAGUUUAGAGGGGAUGCUAAAGUUGAGAAGAUGCUAAAGAAGUGGGAGAUCGCUAGGAACGAAGAAGAGAACGACCCGGGUUAG